GGCUGUGAAAGCCAGCGAUGGUGGCGGCGGCGCCCGCUGGGCGCCGUGAUGAAGGGAGCGGACUCUGCUGUUGCAGCCGACUGCCUCCCCCAACCGCCGCUUGGCCUGGGGCGGGGGGCCGGCAGUGGUUGCUGCUGCUGCUGCCGCUACUGCUGCUGUCGGGCCGGGCCGGGGCGCUGGUGGAGGGGCUUUACUGCGGCUCGCACAACUGCUACGACGUGCUCGGGGUGAGCCGCAAGGCGGGCAAGGCGGAGAUCGCACGCGCCUACCGGCAGCUCGCGCGCCGCCACCACCCGGACCUUGUGCGGCGCGAGGGUGCUGACGACGAGAGCCUCCAAAGCGCUCAAGAGGCCUUCCUGCUGGUGGCUACUGCCUACGAGACCCUCAAGGAUGAAGAAACACGUAAAGAUUAUGAUUAUAUGCUGGAUCAUCCUGAAGAGUACUACAGCCAUUAUUAUCACUACUAUAGUAGGCGGUUAGCUCCUAAAGUGGAUGUCAGAAUUGUCAUUUUAGUUACUGUGUGUGCUAUCUCCAUGUUUCAGUUUUUCAGCUGGUGGAGUAGCUAUAAUGAGGCCAUCAAAUAUUUAGCCACGGUGCCAAAGUAUCGUAUUCAAGCAACUGAAAUUGCCAAGCAGCAAGGGCUGCUUAACAAAGCCAAAGAAAAAGGCAAAAACAGACGUUCCAAGGAGGAAAUCCGUGAGGAGGAAGAAAAUAUCAUCAAAAACAUUAUAAAAAGCAAAAUAGAUAUAAAAGGAGGCUAUCAGAAACCUAAAGUAUGUGAUAUUCUACUAUUUCAGAUUAUUUUAGCUCCUUAUCAUCUGUGUGCAUACAUAGUCUGGUAUUGCCGGUGGAUUUAUCAUUUUAAUAUUAAAGGUCAAGAGUACGGAGAAGAAGAGAGGUUGUAUCUCAUACGUAAAUAUAUGAAAAUGUCAGAAUCUCAGUUUGACAGUUUAGAAGAUCAUCAGAAAGAAACUUUUCUUCAAAUGAAGCUAUGGAUAAGAGAGAACUAUGAACUCUACAAACAGGAACAAGAGGAGGAGCUAAAGAAGAAAAAGGCAAAUGACUCUCGAUGGAAGAGAUACAGGAGAUGGAUGAAGAAUGAGGGACCUGGGCGAUUAACUUUUGUAGACGACUAAUGAUUGCUGGAAUUCUGUAAACUAAACCACAAUAAUUAUAAAAUUAUUUUUCACAAGUGAAUUAUUUUAGAAAACUCAUCCAUUUAUUUUCAGUAACAUCUAAAAUUCAGAAAACAUCUGAUUAAAUGAAACAGUGUGAAGUCUGAAACAUACAUAAACUGUAUUAAUAAGACAUUUUAAAGAAUGGUGUUUUUAAUAUUUAUAUUCCCCAUGAGUCUGUGCUUUCUGUUAAAUCUUCAUGCUAUAUCUUCUGUCAGAUACCAUUUAAAGACUUAAGUGUUAUGUACAUGGUUUUCCAUUCUUAGAACUUUUCUUGCUUUUUUCUGUUAUGUUAUUCAUUUCUCUUCUCUAAUCUCAUUUUUCAUAGAAUUUUACUUAAAAAAAAAAAAGAAAUCACAAUUGCAGUUAAUUACUGGUUUGUAAAUUUGUCCAAAAAUCUCUCCAGGAGAGUAAUUCUUCUAACGUAUCUUUUUUAUUACAAUCAUUAAGGAUUGAAAUGUGUUUAAUUUUAAAAAUCUCUCCAAGGAGAGUUUUCUUCUAUCAUGUCCUUGUAACAUGGUUUUUAUUGCAUUUGUUAUAUGAUUUUAAAUGUGAUCAGAAGCUCUCCAAGAGAGUGAUUCUACUCUCAUGUCCUUGUAGGAUAACCUUUAUUACAGUCAUUAUAAGAUUGUAAGUCUUGGAAGUAAGUCAAAAUCAAAAUAAGUAAAAUGCGAAUCAAAAUCAAAAGUAAGCAAAAAUUUCUAAAAACAGGUAAAUUGAUCUUUAUUGUGACCAUAUGACUUGAUUACUUCUGUGAUAAAAAUAUGAUAUGACAAAAAAGAUAUUCUUCUUCAAAAAGAAAAUAUGGAAUACAGAGCACAAAGCUUCCCCUAAAAUUCUGAAGCCCUUAUGAUAUAAGGAAUAUGUCUUAGUUAUGAUCACUGACUUAAACAUUUUGAAAAUAGAAUCUGGAGGUGCAUGAAUGUGUAUCAGUAACAUUAACAGGGUAUCAAUAUUAUGUGGUAGGCUGCAGAACAAAGAAAUAAGUUGGCUGCACUGGAGAUUCCUUUAAAAAAAAAUACUUUUUGUGUAUGAAAGUGAAAGUACUUGUUUGGUAACAGCCCAGAACAUAGAACUUUAGUAACUGUGGCAUGUAAUCUUGCACUAAAAUGUCAGUACACCUUCAUCAAGGUAAGCUGAUUUUCUUGUUAAAGGGUUUAUUUCAUUGCUUUAUAUAAAUAAAAUGGUUUGUUACAUCACA